UUUCAUAAACACGACCACCUUUCACUUCCCACUGCUUGGCUGAGCACCGACUUGUGAUUUAAAAAUUCUUCUUUAGCUAGCUAGCUAGAUGGAAAUCAAAGACUACACCCACGACGGCACAGUGGAUGUUCAUGGCCGCCCUGUUCUUGCCUCCACAACUGGAAAGUGGAAAGCUUGCUCCUUUCUCCUGGCGUAUGAAGCGUUUGAAAGGAUGGCCUUCUAUGGAAUAGCUUCAAAUUUGGUAAAUUAUCUGACCACCCAACUUCACGAAGACACAGUUUCCUCGGUGAGGAAUGUGAAUAACUGGUCUGGAUCAGUGUGGAUGACGCCAAUUCUGGGUGCCUACAUAGCCGAUUCUUCAUUGGGUCGGUUUUGGACCUUUACGAUCUCAUCCCUCAUCUAUGUCAUGGGAAUGAUACUACUCACAACAGCAGUUUCACUCAAGUCUUUGAAGCCCAGUUGCCAAAAUGGAGUCUGCAACAAGGCUUCUACUUUGCAGAUUGCAUUCUUCUACUCAUCUCUCUACACCAUAGCAAUAAGGUCAGGGGGUACACAGCCUAAUAUAUCCACCUUUGGUGCUGACCAGUUUGAUGAUUUUGAUCCACAUGAGAAAGAGCUCAAAGUCUCAUUCUUCAAUUGGUGGAUGUUUAGUGCUUUCUUGGGUGCUUUAUUUGCCACUCUUGGACUUGUCUACAUUCAAGAGAACUUGGGAUGGGGCUUGGGUUAUGGUAUCCCCACAGUUGGUCUUCUUUUCUCCUUACUUGUCUUCUACUUUGGGAUCCCAUUUUACAGGCACAAAGUUAGAAAGACAAACAGUCCUGCAAGAGACCUCAUUCAAGUCCUCAUUACAGCCUUUAGAAAUAGAAAGCUUCAGCUCCCUAACAGCCCUUCACAUCUUCAUGAGCUUCAGCUGCAACACUACAUUCACACUGGAAAACGCCAGGUCCAUCACACUCCAGUUUUCAGAUGGAAAUCAAAGACUACACCCACGACGGCACAGUGGAUGUUCAUGGCCGCCCUGUUCUUGCCUCCACAACUGGAAAGUGGAAAGCUUGCUCCUUUCUUCUGGUUUCAUCAGUCGAGGAAUGUGAAUAACUGGUCUGGAUCAGUGUGGAUUACGCCAAUUCUGGGUGCCUACAUAGCCGAUUCUUACUUGGGUCGGUUUUGGACCUUUACGAUCUCAUCCCUCAUCUAUGUCAUGGGAAUGAUACUACUCACAACAGCAGUUUCACUCAAGUCUUUGAAGCCCAGUUGCCAAAAUGGAGUCUGCAACAAGGCUUCUACUUUGCAGAUUGCAUUCUUCUACUCAUCUCUCUACACCAUAGCAAUAGGGUCAGGGGGUACAAAGCCUAAUAUAUCCACCUUUGGUGCUGACCAGUUUGAUGAUUUUGAUCCACAUGAGAAAGAGCUCAAAGUCUCAUUCUUCAAUUGGUGGAUGUUUAGUGCUUUCUUGGGUGCUUUAUUUGCCACUCUUGGACUUGUCUACAUUCAAGAGAACUUGGGAUGGGGCUUGGGUUAUGGUAUCCCCACAGUUGGUCUUCUUUUCUCCUUACUUGUCUUCUACUUUGGGAUCCCAUUUUACAGGCACAAAGUUAGAAAGACAAACAGUCCUGCAAGAGACCUCAUUCAAGUCCUCAUUACAGCCUUUAGAAAUAGAAAGCUUCAGCUCCCUAACAGCCCUUCACAUCUUCAUGAGCUUCAGCUGCAACACUACAUUCACACUGGAAAACGCCAGGUCCAUCACACUCCAGUUUUCAGGUUCCUUGACAAGGCUGCAGUAAAAGAUGCCUCAAGGCCACCGUGCACCAUAACUCAAGUGGAAGGGACCAAGCUUGUUCUCGGGAUGCUACUGAUAUGGGUGGUGACCUUGAUUCCUAGCACAAUAUGGGCACAAAUCAACACUCUUUUUGUCAAACAGGGCACCACAUUGGACAGAAGGCUAGGCUCAAACUUCCAAAUUCCAGCAGCAUCGCUUGGAAGCUUCGUGACCCUGUCCAUGCUCCUCUCUGUGCCAACAUAUGAUCGCUAUUUCAUGCCCUUGAUGCGCAAGAAAACAGGAAAUCCUAGAGGCAUAUCCCUUCUUCAAAGGCUAGGCAUUGGAUUUGUGAUCCAAAGCAUAGCUGUUGGGAUUGCAUAUGUUGUGGAGGUCCGGAGGAGGCAUGUGAUAAGAGUACACCAUAUAGUAGGGCCUCAAGACGUAGUGCCUAUGAGCAUAUUCUGGCUGCUGCCUCAAUACGUCCUGAUUGGAGUGGCUGAUGUGUUUAAUGCCAUUGGAUUGUUGGAAUUCUUUUAUGAUCAGUCCCCAGAGGAGAUGCAAAGCCUGGGCACAACAUUCUUCACCAGUGGAAUUGGAAUUGGGAACUUCCUGAAUAGCUUCCUGGUGACAAUGGUGGACAAAAUUACAGGGAGGGGAGCACACAAGAGCUGGAUUGGUGACAACUUGAAUGACAGUCACUUGGACUACUAUUAUGGAUUCCUUUUGGUGAUAUCUACCCUGAAUUUAGGGGCCUUCUUUUGGGCAUCAAGUAAGUAUGAGUACAAGAGGGAAACCAAUAAAGUAGUAGAUGGGGGUUGUAUUUUAGGGGCCUUCUUUUGGGCAUCAAGUAAGUAUGAGUACAAGAGGGAAACCAAUAAAGUAGUAGAUGGGGGUUGUAUUCAAAUUCAAAUGGAGGGUAAGACCUUGGAAACAUCCCCCCUCGGGUAAAAAGUAUGAAAACUAAUUAAUAAAAAAUAUGUAUAUCUAUGAAUAAUGCAUGUAUGUAUUUAGUAUCCUUUAAAAUCUUCAAUUCUCUUUAAGUGAGGGAUGAAGUUAUUAUUUUUAUCUAAGCAUGACUUAAGUUGUAAUAAUAAUUUUUACUAUCC